AUGAGACAACUACUAACACACCCUAAUACAACAACAUCAUCAUUAAGAUCACGUUGUUAUACUCAACAAUAUUUAUUAUCUAAAUAUCAUUUUUCUACUCCACGUUUAUUUAGUACAACCCUGAAUUUAUAUAAGGAUGAGAAAUCAAAACAAUUAUUAAAAUCAAUAGGAUUAAACUUACAAAAAGGUGCUUUAAAGCCUAAACAACAAUCUAAGGAAUCCGAUCAAGAUCAACAAAAACAAAAUAAAGCGGGGGAUAAACUGCGACAACAACAAGAAGAAGAACUUGCUAAAGAAUUACAACAAAAACCACCCGAAGGGGGUCAAUUUCUUGGAGAAACUGGUACAACAACUGGAUCUGCUAGUAUAGUUGAACGGAAAGCAUCUCUUACCCCUGAACCCAAUUUAGCAACACAACCUCCUGAUUCCGGUACAUCCCUGUCAAGGGCCAUUUCCGAACAUUCAACAUCGAAAUCGCAUACCCUGGCACCGCCAGCACGUUCAAACAAUAAUCGGAAACAAAAAAGACGUCCUUCAUUUCCUCUUGGUUUAUGGCAUGAACAAGAGGAAUUUGCCCAAUUGAAUGAAGCUUAUGAUAAAGUAUCUCGAAUGUCAUUUGAAGAUAUAAAAUUACAAAAUGUAUUUGAUGAUGGAAAAGCAUUUGGAAGUUUCCCAUCGGAACAUUAUCUUGAUCGACAAGCAUUAUUAAGAUCUAUUCCUGAUACGUUAAAUAUUUUUAAACCGGAAGAUAUGGCAAAAGUGGAAGAUAUUUAUUCAAAAUUAAAUCAAUUAGAUUGUGAUAAAAAAGUUCAAUUGAAAUAUUAUAAACGAUAUCUUAAAAAUUAUGAUGAUGAUUUAAAUUUCUUUAUUCAAGCUGUGAAUGGAAUUGAUCAGAAAUUUAAAUUGUUAAGAAGACGUGAAGUUCCAGAAGUUAGUUUACAUAAAUAUGCAUUUUUAUCUUCUGGUAAUUUAACUAAUCUUCCAUAUAAUAUUCAUGGAUUUGAUAAAAGUUUAAUUGGAAUGCCAUUAAUAAACCGACCAAACAAUAAUAAUGAUAAUAAUGCAUCAUCACCUCCAUUCCCUCGGGAAUUCAUUCAAGAUUUACCCACCGAUGGAACCACGACAAUGAUAUUAAAGAAAUAUGAUUUAGAUAUCAAAGAUCCUGAUAAACGAGUUCGGAAUCUAGAUCCUCGUGAUAUGAAUAUGUUAAUGACUCAAGAUCAAAUGGAACAAACCUCCGCAAUUAUUCCCACCCCGGAAGAAUUUAUACAAGAAUUUAUAUCGGGGAAUCGAAUUGCCAUCAAGAUUGAUUCAAUUAAUAAUUAUGAUUUUUCGGCGAUUGAUAUCCCGGUGGUUGAAGAAAUUGCCCAAGAAAUUCAAGAGAUGAAACAAUUGGUUUUGAAUGAUUUGAAUGGUUUAAAACGGUCUUAUUAUCAUUUAGGAAUGUAUUCAACCAAUAGUUUACCAGUUAAAUUAAGUCCAUAUGUCUUGUUUGAUUCUCCUGCACAACCAUCUACCGCUAUGUUGACUACUUAUGCAUCAUUCCCGUUAUUGCCAAUUUAUUCUCGAUUUAUGAAUACAAUUGGAUUACGGCAUCGAUUAAAACAACAUUUCUUUAAGAUAUUUUUCAUUAAUUUAGAGGAGGAAGUUGAAACAUUAUUAAAGUAUAAAUAUAGAAAUGAUAGUAAAUGGGAACAACGAUUCUUAUAUCGGUUAACAAAGAAAAUUGAAGCAAGUAUAGAUGAAAAGAUAAUGCCACUUUUUGAAACUAAUAACAAAGAAUUCAAAGGUCAUGAUGCCAUUAUUUAUUCUCCAUAUCUUAAUAAUAAUUCCAAUCGGAAUUUUAAACGUAUUUAUUGGUUAGAUCCUCGGAAAUAUAACAAAAACAGACUUCAUCCCAACAGGAGAAGAACAAUAACAAGACCAAGAAAGUCACUGAUGUUGAUAGAUUUUAAACAGUUUGAUUAUGUCCUUAGUAAGUAUCUUUGA